AUGGGUGUUACCCUUUCGAAAUCCAAUAAAUUGUCAGUAGCGGAUAUUCCAUCUGAUCUCAUAUCAAGUUCGGAGCAUAGUUUGUUCGUCAUUAUGAUAUAUCCAGAUGGGAUAGAGCAUGGACCUGAUCCAGUAUGGCAAGGAUCUAUCGAACCCACGAUCCAUCAGGAACUUCCACCCAAUACAACUUUAUACGGCUGGGUUUCACCCAAAGCAUUCGAUCAGAAUAAAGUAGAAAGAUUCAUAUGUUCAGUAAGAUCUAAAGAGAUGGAAGCGAAAGUUAGAUAUCGAUUAAUGGGUCCGAAACACCUAACUCAAGAUCACAUUCACGACGAUAACGAUAAGACGGAUGACGAAAGUUGA